GCUACUUUUCUAUGGAAUUGCGCGGUGCAUACCUUCUUAGCUAUAUGAAAAAAAAAGGGCAACAAAAACUACUAUUUUGUCCAACGUUGAACUCGUACCGUUGACUCAAGGGGAGACAUGCAGAGAUUGGUAUUUGUUGAUACCGCAGUCCUGGGUCUUUUUCUCGCGAUAGUCGUCUGUAGUGAUAGUGGUUUUAAUGGUCAAGAGUAUCCGUCUACAAGCAGAAGGACUACGGUUCCACAAAAAGAAGAUUCUCUAAAGAAACCACGAGGUGAGCUUCAGAACGACAGCUUGUUGGAGGUUGAUACGCCGCUCAUCGAACAAGAAGACCUUGCACAGAAGAAGUCUACAUUCGACCCUUCAAUGUUGAUGUUGGUUGAAAGAUGGAAAAUGUCAGGUUCGAGACAUCUUCAGCUACCAGGAGGUGGAAGUGUUCGGAUAAUGGACUUACUGGUACAGACGGAGACAACCUUACGUAUCUCCUGUAACGUGACUGGGUCCCUACAGCCUGGUAUGGUCUGGUACCUACCGUCUGGAGAAACCAUCGCACCAGGUUGGAACGGAAGUGACGUCAGAACCAGCGUGAAGCAUGAUGGGAUUCUAGAAAUCCGAGACUUCAGCAUGCAGGACGUAGGUCUGUUCGUCUGUGCUGACACCAUGGUACAAGAUUGUGUUUACGUAGUGGCACAAGUCGACGCCUACUCCGUCAACAUCAUUCUCGCGGUCACUGCAGGGUUUGUAGCGUUUAGCCUGUUGGCAGGUAGCUGUGUGUUGUACAAAUAUAUACAGUAUAAGAAAAGGAUGGCCCUGAUUCCAGAGGAAGAGAGGAGAAAGCCAAAGUCGUUCGACAGUUGGUAGCUGAAGCUUUCCCCUUUUCUUCUCUGACAGAAGUAAAUCCGCAGAAAGAACAUUUUAUGGAUGGAACACUCGCACUCAUUUAGUUGCCUGAUUUCAGAUUUCAGUUUUUCUUCUUCUUCGGAGACAGUCAACAUAACGAGAAAGCACCAAAAAGGGAAAAUAUGUCGUGUUGUAGGCUAAUGAUUGUACUAGUGGAAGUAAUACUAGAUAGGCAGCGAUGACUGUGGCUGUAGAAGUGAAACGAGUUGGCUAGUUGUAAAAGUAGCACCAGUAUGGAAGCCAUGAAAUUAUGUAGUUGCCUAGUAGUUAGUAAGUGAUACCAGGACACACCCAUGGGUCACCUUUGCUUCAUUAGUUCACUUCUUUAAUACAGGAAUGAAUGACUUGUUUGCUGUGAGACCAUGUGCCUAUUAGCUCAAUUCGUGUCUAUUUUAAAAAAAUAACCUAUCUUGUAUUCAUGACUUUCCCAAGAACACAACAUCGGGGCGUUUUAGAGGAUAACUCCCAGGAUUUUUGGCCCAACACUCGAAUCAUUACGCCACACGAUGCUAGUCUCCAAGCAGUCCCUACGGU